GCAGAAUGCGUCGCCUCGUGCGCGGGCGCAGCGGGCGGAAAUAUUUUCGAGCGCCAUCUUGCUCCGCAACCGUACAAUUCGUCAGUGCCUGUGAAUGGACUUGUCAUAAGUGUCUUACUUAUUAUUUCGCCUCUCUGUCCCCGUUCCUCGUUUCGCUCUCGAGAGCCUCGCGUUUCCAAAUUCCCGAGUGGUAUCGCCCGCAUACGCAAGAAGAGCAGUACAGUUCAUUAAAGGAAGCUCCACAUCUUUACCUCCAUCAGUUUUAGGCUUUUGUUGUGAUUUGGAGUAUUUGGAAGUUUUCUAUAUUUCUGGGCAAAACCUAGAGCUUCAUCCACAACGCCAGCGAUAUUUCAUUAAUCAAGAAUGGCGAUGCAGAAGAUGAGAAGACAAGGGCAAGACGUCAUGCAGGUGAACCUAGCAGGUAUUAGGCGAGAUAUUAUGAAUCUUGCCCAUAACUACAGCAAUGCUCAGAAAGCCGUACGAAAAGCUACCAGCAAUGAUCCUUGGGGUCCAAGUAGUACACUUAUGGCAGAAAUCGCCGAUUUAACAUACAAUGUUGUAGCGUUUACGGAAAUUAUGCAAAUGUUAUGGAAAAGAUUGAAUGAUCAUGGGAAAAACUGGCGACAUGUAUACAAAGCCUUAGUUCUCUUAGAUUAUCUUAUCAAGACGGGAAGUGAAAAAGUAGCACAACAGUGCAAAGAGAAUAUUUUCGCCAUCCAAACUUUAAAAGAUUUUCAAUACAUGGAUGGGCAUAAAGAUCAAGGAAUUAACGUGCGGGAAAAAGCAAAACAAUUAGUGGCCUUAUUAAAAGAUGACGAGAGAUUGAGAAAUGAGCGAGCUAGAGCAUUGAAAGCAAAAGAGAGAUUUGCGCAAUCGGUUAGUGGUUUUGGAAGCGACGGUUUGGAUACAAUGUCACCUGUUAGCAGUGAUUUUCAAGAUUGGGAACCUUGUCAUUUAUCCGAAUCAACGGCUAGACGUGCAACGGAAUUAGAAGCUGCAAGACCGCAAACGGUAGGCGAAGAAGAAUUACAAUUACAACUGGCCUUGGCUAUGUCUAGAGAGGAAGCUGAACAAGAGGAGCAAAGAAGACGCAGCGAUGACGUUAGAUUGCAAUUAGCCCUCAGUCAAAGUCAGCAAGAUUUUAAAACUCCGCAAUCUGAGAAGCAAAGCCAUAUGCUAGAUUUACUCGACGUACAUUUGGGAGAAGCAAGUGGCUCCUCUGUACAAACUGAUCCUUGGGGCAUCCCAAUAACAGGACCACCGCCAAGACCACAGCCACAAAACGAUCCGUGGAGUGUUCCAACAACGAGUACCACAUCACCCGCGGUAGACCCAUGGACGCCUGUUCCUCCGCAAAGACCAAAUCCAUCAGCUGCCACUAUCGAUCCAUGGCGUGCUCCUGCCCCAUCUCCGGCUACGGUUAUAUCUCCUCCUCGUACCAAUGACCCUUGGUCACCGGUUCCAGCUGCUGCUACUACUACUACUACGACUACUACUACUACUACCGAAUCGGAAACGAACAAACUGCAGACGGCUCAAGAUGGCAUAACAUCCUCGUCACCAUCUUUCAACAAUUCUAAUUUGACACCUAACAUCGGCUUCGCGGUAUCGUCGCCGAAUAUAGGUUUCAAUUUGUCGCCAGCAUCUUCGGCCACUAACACCUUUAGUACUAGCAAUGGUUUCACUGGCACGGGGCCGAGUUUUAACAAUUUUUCUACUCAAAAUAAUGGUAACGCCGCUGCGACAAGUCCCCUGAGCGAUUUAGAUGAAUUUGAUGUGAUUACUAACAGAGGAAAACUCGGAGCUAGUCCGCAGACAGUGAACAACGGUGGUACAGCAUCAUCAGGAGGAGAUCCCUUUGAUCUAGGUGGUAUGGCUGAAACCCUUCCUGCCAGUACAGGCGCUGUGAAAAAGACACCACAAUCCUUUUUAGGAGAAAAUUCUGCGCUCGUCAAUUUGGAUAAUCUUGUCAGUGCUUCGGCGAUUAAACCAUCGGCUCCUGCGCCAGCGGCGUUUCAUUGGAAAUAAGUUCCAACCAUGUCAUAUUCAGCAAAUCCAUUUGCAACUGUGACGCCACCACCCCGUCCUACAAUCAAUCAGAUUCGACAGGAUCCAUGGACAGCGAAUACAACUACUACGGCUAAUCCGUUCCUCUCGUAGCCUGAUCGAUCAAUCGAAAACUUCGUAAUUACUGCGAAACGUGAUCCGCAGUUCUACAUAUACUAUUACGGUAUAAAUCGGUUCACGGUAAAAAAAAUAUGAUUUUACUUAUAGCAAUUAUGUGGGUAGGGACAGAAGUGAAUAAGAUCAAUAAGAGGGCGGAGAAAACAUCCCCAUCAAUGAAAUUUUAUUGAUAGCUUAAAGCAUUACUUUUUGAUGAAUUAUAUUGCAGCGCACUUAUGCUUAUUGUACAAGUCUCUUUUUUCUUUUUUUUUAGUUUUCUUUGCAUGUACUACUCGCUUCUUAAAGUUUAUUGUGGAAUAAUCACCUAAAUAAUUAACUAGUGGAAGUGUGGCAUAUUUGUAAUUAAGUGAUGGUUGGAUGGUUAAAGGUACAACAUAAUAAUACAAAUCAUGUUUUAACUUUGAACGCUUAAAUGAUCCCAAGGUACGAUUAGAUUUUAUAUACACUCCUUUCUCUAUAUGAUCUAUUUUCUAUGUAUGAAUCAAUUCAGGGAAAGAUUGCUCAGCAAUAUACCGCUUCACUGCUGGGGAAGAAUGUAAAGUAACCGCUGGCAUUGAAAUCAGUUUAUGCGUUUUUGUAUACACAUUUUCUAUAGUAAAAAAAAAGGGGAAAAAUGAGAUCGUGAGACUGUAAUCGUGAUUUGCAGAAACAUUGUUAUAAUGAACAGAGUUCCGUUCGCUGUUAUACGCUUAAGAUGUGUCGAUUAUGGUCUGUAAAAAAAAAUUCAAUGUUGUGGCUUGCUUUCUAAUACAGAAUCCGUAAUAAGGGCAGCUAUUGUGUUGCAAAGUGUACACGAAUUUCUUACAUAGCUGUAUAGCCGGUCAUUCACGAAUGACAUACUGCGACCUAUGGCACACUAAGGCACUUCUAAACGAAAAAAAUGCAACUGUGAAAGUAGCAUCCACGCUAAAUGAUACGAACAUUAAGAAAAUAAUCCAUAUUGUUUUUACUACUCAAAGUCUCGAUUUCAAUCGACCGUGUGCACAUUUAUAUACAGAUCUGGCAUAGCUGAAGAAUCAAAUUCAAGAGCGAUAAGAACUGUGUCUAUCGUAUUCGAGUUAUUGAUAUUUAAUUAAAUCGAAAUAACAAUGUGUUAUUUCUAAUCCAUUUUCAAUUUAACAUUUGCGUCAACGUCCAAAGUUGCGUAAGAGCCCGAUCGCUCAUAGGAUAAAUUUAUAACAAGUCUACAAGGAAGGUUUUUUCCUAUCCAUAUUUUAUAAAUUUGCAUGAUAAAAACACGAAUCAGAUUUCUUUAACAUACGAAACAAAUACGUACAUAUUUUAAUUUAUAUAAAAAAUGUACAUAUAUUAAAGCAUAUCGUUCCCUCGUUUGUCAAAUGUUUGUAGUGCAUAUACAAAAUACUAAUGCAGAAACUUUUUACUGGUUAAUUAAAAGCUAUACUCGUCAUUAUCGUGUUCUGUAUUUGUAGAAAAAUUUACUGAGUUUUUUAUAAAUCUUUUUAUUAGAUUUACUAUUCUUGCUUGUAUCACUGUACUCUGAUAUUAAAUGAUAUUAUUUAUUUUACAAUAUAUAUCCGUUUAUAAAUUGUUCUGGUAUAGACAAGCAAAAAUUUUUUAAUAUCCUUGAAAUGUUGCAUGAUUUCAGUAUCUUUUUUUUUUUCAAAUAAAAUAAUUUUACCGCACUUUACAGUUUUACACAAAAAAAAUAUUUAUCAGUAUACAGCAUUGACAAAGGGGAACUAUAUUAGCUUGGCUCUUAUCUGAAUAAAUCAGGAGUUGCACGAUUUAAGCUAUUCUAUUCAAGUAAACGUCGAGCAAAUAAUUCCAAUGUAUUAUUUAUCAUUAAAUCUAUAAUUUUUGUUGACUUUAUGCAAUUUUAACAUACUUGCUUAUAUGAGUGAAAUUGUAUAUUUAAUAUGUAUUUAUCCAGAUGUUCGCCAGGACAUGAAGUUAAAAUGUAUGAUACGUAUAACGUGUAGAGAUUUAAUUAUACAAUCAUUGUCUUUAACGAUUUAAAAAUAUAAACAAUUCUACUAGCCAUUGUACCUGUUGAAUAUAGGAUGACAUAUUACAGCAUCCUGUAUACUUUGGUUUUGUUUAUGUAGAUCUGCAUCUUUUUUACCUGUUUUAUUUAAGCAACUAAUAUAUAAAUCAUGAUGUACACAGCUUCAUCCCUGUGCGAACAGUGGAAUAUUUUUGUUUAGCUUUUAGAGCUGAUGUAAUUGCAGGAAAAAGAAUUCAAAGAACAUUUAUAUAAAUAAAUAUUAUAUAUUUUAGUA